AUGAAACAUCAGCUUCAAUUGCGCCACACUGAAGCGUCUCAGGCAGAGGCCAGUCGUCUGCUUUCAGACCCAGAGGCACGAAAAGAACUAGUGUCUCGGGUGCAGACUGCUGGACAGGAUGGUCAGUUCUACAUGCAAAUCGGUCAAAACCUGCUUUCUAUUUUGUCCGGCGACGCUGAAGUGAUGGAUGUUAUGUUUGAGAGCAGCUUAUUCGACCAAUUUUAUGAAACUGUGCUUGCAAGUGCCCAUGAUUCAUAUCCCAUUUCGGUCUUGGUCGAGCAUCUAUGCUUCAAAAACCCUGCCUCCCGCAUUAUUGAAAUCGGCGCUGGGACUGGGGGCCAGACUGUGGGUAUUCUCAAGGCCCUUUGUUCAAACAAUGUCAGGAAAUGUGCCCGAUAUGAUUACACUGAUAUUUCCCGCGCCUUCUUUCCGCGUGCGCGCACAAAGUUUGCCAAGUAUGAUGAUAUCUUACAUUAUUCCGUCUGUGACAUCUCCAAAGAUCCAGUCUCUCAGUCAUUUGAACCAUUUAGCUAUGAUCUUGUCAUUGCAUCUCAUGUUCUCCAUGCUACCCCGUUUCUGGAACAGACAUUACAAAAUGCCCGUCGACUUCUGAAGCCUGAAGGGAAGCUCAUAUUGCUGGAGACCACUAAUGUUGAUGCCAUUGACGUGGGAUUCGUGUUCGGCCUUCUUCACAGCUGGUGGGCUCCUCUAGAAAGCGAGCCUCGAUCGCCUCUGAGUCCAUGCAUCACCGUGGAUCAGUGGGACAGGCUGCUGAAAUCAACCUGCUUCUCUGGUGUCGAUAUUGAGGUUCCAGGGCAGGAGAAUACGCGACGGAGGUACAGCAGUAUCAUGAUAUCUACCGCAGUGCCUGAGCAAGCCAGACUUGCCGAGCCCUCGCAUGAUCUUUACCUCGUUCGAAAUGGCAACGUUGCGGCCCAGGGCGAAAUUGCGCAGUCGGUGCAAGAUCAACAGGCCUCAUCAAUAUACACACUUGCAGAAAUUGCCGAGGUCGAGAUUCCGACAACCGCAGUUGUUGUAUUCUUUCUUGAAGUCCAGGAUGUGCUACUAGACGGGGUCUCGCCCCAGGAUUUCAAAUUGUUGCAAUCGGUACUUUUAAGGACGCACAGUACCCUGUGGAUUACUCAGCCAACUGAUGAUGAGCAAAUCCCUCGGCAGCAUUUGGUAGAUGGACUUGCUCGCAGCUUAGGUUCUGAAGACUCAAAUCGAAAGUUGGUGACCCUCGCGCUCAACAAAUCUAAUACCGUGCGACGAUCAACAGACUUUAUCCUGCAACUUAUUACAAACAUCCAAAGGUCUACUGUCGAGUCCCUGGAGACACACUAUGCUGUCAAAAACGAUCUUUUAUGUGUCCCUCGCAUUACAUUGAAUAGGCUGAUGAGCGAAUCUAUUGCUCUGAAUGCUCAGCCGCACGUGAAGGAAACCCUGACACUAGGUCCUGAAACUUCUAUAUCUCUCAGGGUACGGCCUCCAGGAGGUAUCGAAAACUUGGAGUAUCUGGAGGACACGCUGACCGAAGUCGACCUUGGGCCAAAUGAGGUGAUUGUGCAGGUCAAGGCGUUUGGCCUGACACUCCGGGAGCAUCUUAUUGCGACCGGAGAGCUCAAUGAACGCGGGCUGGGCACAGAAUGUGCCGGCGUCGUAUUCAAGGCCGGUACUGACAUACAGCUUCAACCGGGAGACAGUGUGUGCGCUAUCGGAUUGUCAAUGGCACGGUCAUUUAUACGUGUAACAGCAGGUGCUGUAGCUCCAAUUCCCUCCCGCGUGUCAUUUGCAACCGCACCAUCCUUACCCACAGCACUUUGGCUAGCGUAUUACACCUUAUGGAAUGUGGCGAGACUAAACAAAGGUGAGACAGUGCUGGUUCACGGAUUUGCCAGCUCGUUUAGUCAAGUCGCAGUCCAACUCGCUGUGGAGCUCGGUGCGCGCGUCCUAGUUACUGCACGCUCUGUCUCGAAACGAGAUCUUCUUUGCCAGAAGCUCGGUCUUUCCCAGAGUAUCAUCUUUGUCCCCGACGAUCCUUCUACGUGUGGAAGAAUAAAUAAGAUAACAAAAGGGCAAGGCGUGGAUGUGGUAGUUGGUUCGCUGUCAGAUAUGAAUACCCCAGAUUACUCGCAAUGUCUCGCUGCCGGUGGUCGUGUUGUUGAUAUCGGCUUGAAAAGGAGCGAAAAUACCUCUAUUCCUCAGCUCAAAAGCCGAGGACUCAAUGGCUCUUACUCUUCAGUCAAUCUAGCCGACCUUCUUCGGCAUAACCCCGCCUUGGUCUAUCGGACCUUCCAGCAAGCCGUCAACCUUUGGUAUCAGCUUAGGCUCAAUUUCCCGCUGCCUCUGCACUCUUUCUCCGCGGCCGAAGUGAACUCUGCUUUUCAGCAUUUCCGAGACAGAGACACUGUUGGAAAGCGAGUUGUAGAGCUGACGGACGGGGAGACCAUUGAAAUCACCUGUGCCUCUAGACCUAAGUAUUCCUUUGAGCCCCGUGCCUCUUACAUCAUAGCUGGGGGGCUUGGUGGGCUCGGCCGGAGCUCUGCUAGACGGAUGGUCAGUAGGGGAGCGCGUCAUCUAAUUCUUCUUUCUCGCUCGGGCCCAAAGACUACUGCUGCCCGGGAGCUCGUCAACGAUCUUGAGUCACAGGGUGUCUCGGUUGCUACGCCUAAAGUUGACAAUAGUGACUUCAAAAGUCUAAAGGAGGUGCUCGAUGAUCUCUCUCAAACCAUGCCUCCAAUCCGAGGUUGCAUUCAAGCAACGCUUGAUUUACGUGAUGGUCUGUUUUCCAAUAUGCAAUUCGACGACUGGAUCACGCCCCUUAAGGCCAAAGUGGCCGGAUCCUGGAACCUCCACAAAAUCCUCCCAUCGGACCUAGACUUCAUGAUCCUCUCAUCAUCCGUCAAUGGCGUGUUUGGCAGCCCGGGCCAGGCCAACUACGCGGCCGGAAACACCUUUAACGACGCACUAGCUGAGCAUAGACUGCGAAAGGGUCAAAAGGCAGUGUCGCUAGACCUUGGCUCAUUGAUAACCGAGGGUGUUGUCGCUGAAAGCCCAGUCAUUAUGGCGUUUGUGCGCCGAUUCGGUCAUCUAAUGGAGAUCACACACGAGGAACUACUCACUGUUUUAGACCACUACUGCAAUCCUGACCUCCCAAUCCUGUCACCUGACCAGGCGCGGGCCAUCGUAGGGAUUAAAUUGCCAGCGGAAAUGAUCGCGAACGGCCUCGAGCUUCAUCACUUUAUUCGCCGGCCACUCUUCAGUCAUUUAUUCCGCGUACAGCUUCGCGGCGCUGAAACAGACUCUAGCGCCAGUGCCAUUGCCACUGCCGGGACCAUUGACCGGCCGGCUGCGCUGAAAGCUGUGACGUCAUGCAGCGAAGCGAUGCAAUUAGUGACUGAGUGGACAUGCACAAAACUCGGCUUAAUCCUAGGCAUCCCAGUGUCUGAACUCGAUCUGAACAAGCCGGUUCACACGUACGGUGUCGAUUCUCUGGUUGCGAUCGACCUUAAAAACUGGUUCAACCGAGAGAUCGGCGCUCCCAUCGAUGUGUUUGAUUUGACGGGGAAUAUGGCUCUUGACCAAUUAAUUGCGAUGGCGGUCCGCAGGAGCCAGUUCUGCCAAGCAAUUGUCGAUUAAUCUCCAUACCCUCUGGGCUUGAUGCCGAUUCCAACUCUCAUUAAGAAAGAACUGAAAGGCGUUUUGACACUAGACACUGGUCCCUUUCUGAUCCGCUCAGUGUACCUAUUUGCGUGGCGGGCGUAUAGUACGCCGCAACAUUGAUAUCUGUAUCAACUAACUUACCUCGAUUAGCGAUGGUGUUUACAUCCUUUCUUUUCCGUAGGUACGACGUAAC